UAAAUAUCUCAAAGGUUAAACAUUCAUAUGACAUCACAAGUCACCCCAAGAUCCUCUAGACUCUACAAGAUCUUCCAGACUCUACAAGACCUUCCAGACACCGCAAGGUCUACCAGACACAUGCGAUGGCAAUCUGUUUGACUUUAGUGGAGCCAAUGGUAGUUAUGCAUCAGCUGGGCUGCUCCUUUUUUGACAUGGCUCUCACCCUGACAGUAUACAACCGCUCACUGAAAAUGGCAGAUGGACAUCCUGACCAAGCUCAAGCAGCUUCUUCAAACUUCUUCCUUAUCCACUCAAUCAUCUCGGCAGUAGCGGCCAUGUUCUCCAGCUACCCACUAGGCCGAAUCGCAGACCGUCUGGGACCUAAAGUGUUUCUGGUCAUCCCCCAGCUGGGUUCCCUCAUGGGAAUGUGCACCCUGCUUGUCUUCCUGUUCCAUGAUCUACCUGUGGAGGUCCUCUUCUUCGGAUCCUUGGUGUAUGGCCUCAGUGGAGGUCCUCCUGCUUAUUGGGCUGGUGUGCUGGCGUUGGCGUCUCUUAGCUCGAAGCAGAAGCACCGCACUUUAAAACUCAACGUUGUGGAUCUCUGUGUUGGCAUUGCAGGGGUGCUGGGUGGUCUGCUAUCUGGGUAUGUGUACCAGUUAGGACAUCAAGGAUUGGUCCUGAUAAUGACUGCCAUGCUCUUCACUGCAGCGGCGCUUUUUCAUGCCGUUUUUCUUCUCUCCAAUUCAAGACAGAAGGUUGAUGAAAACGAUCAGCUACUGUUGCAAGGUGAGAGGACGGACAAAGUAGCAGUAGGACUGUUGAUGUCAGCCUUGGUGUUGUUUGAUCUGGGCAUGAUUGGAGCAGAGAAUGUCCUCACAUUCUAUGUCCUCAAGCCUCCACUGAGCUGGGAUUCAGUAUGGGCUGGGUAUGGUAACGCAGCCACAAACGGCAUGUAUUUGAGCAGCUUCCUUGGGGUGCUGGUGCUAUCUGGUGCGCUAGGAGAUGUGGCCUUGUCUCUGCUCGGCAUUGUGUCCAACUGUACAGGAAUGGCUAUUAUGGCAUUCACAGUGGAGAGUUGGGUCUACUUCAUGGCACGAGGGAUAAUGAUGUUUGCCUGUGUUCCCAUGCCAACGCUGCGAGCGAUGCUUUCCAAAGUUCUGGAUGCACAGCAGUAUGGAUUUGUUUUUGGGCGGCUACAGUUGGCGUUGGCUGUGACUGAACUUCUGUCUACGGUGCUCUUCACCUCUAUUUACCCUCUCACCCUGAACUGGUACAGCGGCCUCUGUUUCCUUCUUUCUAGUGCCAUCAGCUACCUCAGCGUCAUUCCGAUCCUAUACCUGAAGUACAGGCAGAGGAAAACUGGAUACUCAACUUUAUAACUCAUAAUAUAAUUCAUCUAUUACAGUAUAUAUGAGUGUAAAAAAACUACAAGCACUAUAAGACACUUAUUUAGCUGUUGACGUUUUCCAAGGUGCCAGCUUGGGGAAUUUUAUAGGAGUAGAAUGUCAUAAUGUUUUAGUAAGCUGCCAGGCAUCCAGACAUAAAUCCGCAGGAUUUUGAGGGUAUUAGAAAAGUUG